UUCAUGUUUUCAGCUGAACUAAAUUAGAACAUUGUUUUAACCCGAUGUCGAUCUUGGUAGAAUCGAAAGUCAACGUUACUGAACAUCCGAUCAUCAUGAACUCUACUGCGAUGGAUGGAACAACUACACCUUAUGAUUAUUUAGUAGACCAGAACAAGCUCUUUACAUUUGCUGGUGCAGUAACAGUUACAACUGUUCUAGGAAUUCUUUCCUUAUUUGGGAUGUUCGCGAAUCUUAUUACGUUCAUCGUGAUUUUAAGAAUGAAGAAGACAAUUUUCAGUAUAAUUCUAGCAAGCUUGUGUUUGUCAGAUUUUCUGUCUGCACUUGAUAGUCCGUUUGUGAUUUACCGAAGCACGUUUGGAUAUCGAUAUUACGAAGCAUCAGAGGCUGUCUGCAAAAUAGCACAAGCAGUUGAUUUCUGGACUACUAUUUUAACAAUUCAACAUAUUCUCAUAUUUGCAAUACUCAGGCUUAUUUCAGUUUCGAAUCCACAUAAAUUCAGAAAAGUUAAUACAAAACAUGCGACGUUUAUUGUCGCUUUCAUAUGGAUUGAAACUCUGCUUGUUGGAUUUGUAUGUUUUGUUUUGUGGCCUGGAGUACACAUGCCACCAGCCCAUGCAUUUGGAGGAAGGUCUUGUAGAAUGCAAAGGAAAUGGGUACCGAUGGCGAUGAUCUAUUCAAUCUACAUUUUUCCGAUACUCCUAUAUCUACCAAUGCUUCUUGUUGUUGUUGUUUGCGUCAUUUUAUGCAUAGUAAUAUUGAGAAAACGAUUCAAGUCUAGUGGAGAAAAUUUCUCAAUUACUCAUCGGCGAAGUGCUAAUACCGAGAAGAAAGAAAAUUAUGCUUUGCUACAACUAACCUUGAUCGUUGCUUCAUUUUUAUUUGGAUACAUUCCUGAUAUAUCUUACAGAGCGACAGCAAUCAUUUCUAAGAGCAGAAAAGCUCCCCUGACACCGAGGGUUGAGUGGUUGUAUUCGGUAAUUGCACAUUGUCUUCUCAGGAUAUCGGAGUGUUUGAAUCCCAUAUUUUAUAACUUGGGAUCAAGCAGUAAAAUGCGACGUGCUACGUUCGCGUUUCUACGCAAGUGUGCUCACUUGACACCGACUGUCGGAUCAAGAUCAUCAAAAUCAAUAUCCUCUAGUAGAAGCGGUAAUCCGUCCACUCCACAAUUAGCGACGACUAGGAUAUAAAAACAUCAUACAUAUCCCGAUAGAUUACAAGUAUGGACUGGAACAGCGUUCAAAUUUGUUUAACAGUUUCCCGUACAGCAGUUGGUGUUUUGACUCUUUAAUGUGCACUUGAGAAAUUAACUAUCUCUAUUGAGCAAUGUUAUAUUAUUGAUUCGUACAAUACUCACCGUCAAAAACAGUAGUUUCCUAACUCUAAAAUUGCAAUUUUUUAAAUUCGACAUUUGAACCUGGUGUCGCUGCUCGCUGCUUGAUAGCCAGCUUUGGUUCCCCGCGACUUCUCUUCCUCAGUAUAUCUGUAUACUUUUCAUUUGUAUCGUAUUUUUUUAUUUUUUUCAUUUUAUUAUUUACUUGUUGAAAAAAAUAAACUUGACUUGACUUUAACAUUAGAUGUAGAAUUGUGUUGAAAUACAUGACUUAUAAAUUUGAUUAUAAGAGAAAAAAUUUACUGUGUUUUCCUAACUUUAUUUUAUGUUGCAAUUUUGUCACCAAUCAUUAAAUCUGAACAAAUAUUUUGUGUAGUGAAUUACUAUUUCAACGCGGACAAAAUGAGAAAUACUUGACCCUCUAUUCAAAUAUUGUAGUCAAAUUCAAGAUAACGAAAUAGAUUGACUUAUUUCAAUCUUCAAACUCUAGUGAAUGUAUCUGUAUGCAAUGUGUGCAAGGAUACUCAAUCGACUAUUGUAACAUUGAGAUUAAAAUUUUAGCUAUUCGUCUACUUAUAUAUGUGACAAAUGAACGAAACGCUUUUUUCAUAAGCAUUUAUUCGUGGUGCAAAACAUUGAUUCAAAUAUGAAAAUAUUGAUGGAAAAAAAUCAAAAAAAGAAAAAAGAGCGUUUCGAAAAUUUCAUUUGUUUUACCUUAUUUUCAAUUACAUGCUUGGGUUUGAAGUAUUUUCGCCAAUUGAUAUCUUCCGGUUGCCAAUCAUAUAUAAUUUAACCGUAAUUUCAUGCUAUAGAUAUACUGAGAGGUGUGGACAAAACUCUAUAUUGGGCCUUUAUACUAAUCCCCAAUACUAAUUAUUGAAGAGCAUGGGACCAUAAGAUUAUGUGAGAUGCACUUUU